UCGCAAGGUCGUACGUGGUGGGGUCGUCUGCCACAAAUAAUAUCUCUCAGAUGGAUUAAAACCGUGGAAUAUGUCGUACAUAAGUUUUAUUGUACCUUCGGUCCUUCUUUUUAUUGUUUAUUUCACUUCCGGCCAGAAAUCCGAUCCUCCGUUUAUUGCUCCCAACGACUAUUAUUCUUUAUCUUUAUCCAAUAGAGAAUUGAUUGAAAGGGCCGGAUACAAUUACGAAUUUCACGAGGCUGUAACCGACGAUGGAUAUUUGGUCGGCUUGCAUAGAAUUAUGAGACGAGACCGGCCUUCCAAGGGACAUCCCGUACUAUUGGUCAAUGGAUUCUGCAUCAGGUCUCGUUCCUGGAUUCUUAGAGGGAAAGGGAUAGACUUUCCAUUUAUACUAGCGGAUCAUGGCUAUGAUGUAUGGCUUGGUGAUCAAAGGGGCAAUCCGUACUCGAGGAAACAUUUGAAAUAUUCAUUCACUGAUAGCGAAUACUGGAAUUUCAGUUUUCAUGAAAUUGGAUCGUACGAUUUGCCCGCUAUGAUAAACCAAGUGUUGAAUGUGUCUUCCAAAGAAAAAUUAUCCUAUGUCGGUCAAUCCCUCGGAAGUUCAUUUUACUUCGCCAUGAUGUCCGAACGAGAAGAAUUCAACCGAAAAGUAGCAUCGAGCGUCCAUUUCGCACCGUUGGUGAUCCCUCCUAACGCGAGCGAGCUCACCAUUUUGCACCGUGUCUUGCUUCAAAUAUUGUCAUAUUUACUGAAAUGGCUGAGGAGUGAAAAUGUCAUAGAAUCCCAUAAUAAAUAUUUCAUGCGAAUUGUAGCUUUGGCGUUAAUGAAAGUUUGUGACAGAUCGCCUCUUCAGACGCUUUGCGUUAUUUCAUUGCCGUGGAUAGUCGGAGGUUCAAUGGACCACUUUGAUCAGGAGCACUUAGGUUUUCAGAUGGGAGCUUCCAUUGGUCUCACUUCAUUUAAAACAGGCGAUCAUAUGAUUCAGAUGUAUUUUUCAGGAAAAUUCCGCAAAUAUGAUUACGGGAUGGAAGAAAAUCUAAAAUUGUAUGGCUGUGCUGAACCCGCAGCAUACAACAUUUCAAAGGUCUCGUCACCGACUGCAUUAUUCAUUGCAGAACAAGACGCCUUAGUUCCUUAUCAUGUUUCCAGAAAGACUGUAGAUGCGCUGGGAAGGUACGCUUAUCCUUUCCUGAUGAAAGGAUUCAACCAUUUUGAAAUGGCGCUGGGCCGAAGGGCUGUAAAAACCGGCUACAUUAAAGCUUUAAAUUUCAUAAAUAAAGUAUUUAUAUUUUAAUUUUCCAACACAAACAAGUCAAAGUACAAUCUAAUGUAUGUAUAUUGAUUUAAAUGCUAGAAUGUACAGUGUUGUUAUGUACUAAAAAAAAUUGAUCCGCAAGUAAAGUCUAAUUUUAAAAAGA